AUGGUAAUUGUAAAUGUUCAACCAGACGAUGCCGGAGAUUAUUCAGUUGUUGCAAAAAAUCCACUUGGAGAGGUUGUCUCCACAGGCUCCUUAAGUGUCAUUCGACCUCGUGUUGUUGAAGGAGAAGAAGAGGAAGGACGUGGAGCUAUGCCAUUCCCACCUGGCUUUAUUAGACAACUCAAGAACAAACAUGUAUUCGUUAAAAUGCCUGCAAUAUUUGAUUGUCUUGUGGUUGGAUAUCCACCGCCGGAUGUUGAUUGGUAUCACAAUGGAAAAAAGAUAUGCCCCGGCCCUCGUCACAAGAUCCAGGUUGCUGGUGGUGGUUCGCAUGCCCUUCUAAUACAAGAUGUUUGUACUGAAGAUGCGGGUGAAUAUGUCGCUAUUGCGCGUAACUGUCAUGGACAGGCACAAAGUUCUGCCAUUUUGGAUGUAACAGUUCCAUUCAUGGACAAGAUUAAAUUUGACGGUUCUGAAGACGUUACACCAUAUUUAACGGAAGAAUACGGAUUCAGAAGGCAAAUGAAAUCAAUUCCAACACCCCCUGAUAGAGGGCCUUUCAUAAAAGAAGUUACUGGCCAUUAUUUAACCCUUUCCUGGAUUCCAACAAAGAGAAGUCCUCCAAGAUACCCUCAAGUUACAUAUGUUAUCGAAUUUCGUGAAUUGCCUGAUAAAGACUGGCAACUACUUGACUACAAUAUUCCAGAGCCUGUCUGCAAAGUUCGAAAUCUUGAACUGGGAAAAAGCUACCAGUUUCGUGUUCGUGCCGAGAAUAUUUAUGGAAUUAGCGAUCCAUCUCCCCCAUCACCCCCAUCGAGGCUAAUGGCAAGACCUCCACCAGUUUUAGACAAGUUCCGCCGAGUUAUACCUCUUCUUGACCCUUACAUGGAGCGAGCUUUAGAUCAAGCACAUGCUGAACAAUAUGCUUGCACUCCUUGGUUCGCGCCAGGCGUGAAAGAAAGACACUUCGUUGCAGAAACUGACCAUCUUUCAAUUACUUUACAUUAUGCAGGAUAUCCUGAUCCAAAAAUUACAUGGAAACAUAGAGGUUGGGAUAUUGAUGCCUCCGGGCCAACCUCAAACAUUCGUAUUUCCUCACAUGCUGGUGCUGAGACUACCAUCACAUUCCUAGGCUUUCAAAAGUCAAAUGCUGGGCAAUAUACCUGUGUGGCUGAGAACCAGUAUGGAAAAGCUGAACAAAAUUUACUUGUUGAUGUUGCUACCCGCCCAAAAUUCACUCAACCUUUAUCAAAUCGGGAUUACACUUCUGAUAAGCCAUUAAGGCUAAAUGUUCGUGUAGAAGGCAAUCCUGUGCCAGAGGUUAAAUGGCUUAAGGUGCAUAAAUAUUGGUUUUAUCCCCCUAAAUUUUAA